AAUCAACUCUCAUUCGAAACUUCAUUGAUAUAAACCCACCCUUGCAUUUCGAGUUCAAUUUUCAAUUAUAAUCAUUCUUCUUAAACUUUCCAGAAAAAACAUAUUAACACAAUGGCAACAACAAAUAUUAACUACAGCGCCCUUGAACAAGGCUAUGAGCUCGAAAUCAACACAUUGACCCCCGUCCUCACCAAACGCCAGCAAAUCACCCACGAGCUCAAUCAACUUCAGACCCUCCGCGACUCUAACCUUUAUUCCGCACAGCAAGCCCUCCUCAACUCCACUACUGUGUCAGACGACCAAGCCGCCCGCCAGGAACUCGACGAUGCCCGAUCCAGUAUCAACAACACACUCCAACAAGUCCGCACGCUGGUAGAUGAGCUUAGAUAUCUUGCGGAUCCGAGUGAUCCUCGUGUGCGCGCACAGGUCGAUGCGGCAAAGAACCAAGUGCAACAGGCUAUUCAGGAUUACUAUCGGUCGCAGACGGAGUUUGAUCGCGCGCUCCGCGACCAGGUAUGGCGGCGAUAUGAGAUUGCCAACCCUGAAGCCUCGCCCGAAGAGGUAGAGCAUGGGGUACAGCAGGUGUUGGCGGGGACACAGAUGGUUUUCCAGGUACAAGGGGCUCGGACUCGACAAGCGAAAGAUGCACAGGCUGCUGUUCUGGAGCGAUCAGCUGCCAUCCGCAAGAUUGAACAGGAUUUGAUGGCCCUUAGCGAGCUUUCUCAGGAAGUCGCCGAGCUUGUUCGCUCGCAGGAACCAAUAGUUGAGAAAAUCGAGGAAAAUGCGGAGGAAACGCGAUUGAACUAUGAGAAGGGCAAUGAAAAGAUCGGCCAUGCGAUUAUAAGCGCUCGUAAUGCGAGGAAAUAUAAGUGGUACAUUCUGCUUGUUUGCAGUAAGUAUACAGGCUUACCCAUUGGACUUUGGCUAGAUUGGCUUUGCUGACCGUGGAUGAAGUUCUUAUAAUCGCUAUCAUCGUGGCUAUAUGUGUCGGGUGGUGCAAGACUACCGACCACUGUUGAGCACGUUGAUGAUCCAGGGAAUGACGGAGGGCGUGAUGAAAACGCUCUGGCUAUGAAAAGACAUGUGUCUAUGUUUAAUUUAAUAUACUGCUAUCGGCUUCUACAUGAUAUGAUUAAUGAGAUGUGUUUUUAUGGGUGUUUACUACGACUUACUUGGAAUACUUCUCGAGUUAUCAGGGAAACAUAACACCUGGCUGGAUUUAAACAUUCAAAGCGUAAUGGUUCUUUUCCAUGACUAAAUUGAACAUUCUAGGUGACCAACGGAUGCUUUCUUCGUAUGCAUUCUUUCAAAUGACUUAAGGUGGGUCAUUGCUGAAUGGCAGAACAGCGACACCAUCGAUAGUGCUCAUAAAUGGAGUGUAG